GAAUCCUUUCCGGGUCGAACAUUCUUAGCACACCAAUAAACGUGAGAUAGCGGGACGGGUUUUGUGUCUUGACAACUCAAUAAAGAAUCGUUAGAGAUACAUUUAAACACGCCUAGUGAAUAAAUUCCCUGUUUAUCGUCGUGUAACCACAUGACACAGCGAUGCCGGGACUCAGCUGUAGGUUUUACCAGCACCGGUUCCCAGAGGUGGACGAUGUGGUGAUGGUGAACGUGAGGUCUAUCGCAGAAAUGGGGGCCUACGUAAGCCUCCUGGAGUACAACAACAUCGAGGGGAUGAUCCUCCUGAGCGAGUUGUCUCGCCGACGUAUCCGCUCCAUCAACAAGCUCAUCCGAAUCGGCCGCAACGAAUGCGUGGUCGUCAUCCGAGUCGAUAAAGAGAAAGGAUACAUUGAUUUAUCAAAAAGAAGAGUUUCACCAGAGGAGGCCAUCAAGUGUGAAGACAAGUUUACUAAAUCUAAAACUGUGUACAGUAUCCUGCGACACGUGGCAGAGGUGUUAGAGUACACGAAGGACGAGCAGCUAGAAAGCCUCUAUCAGCGCACCGCCUGGGUCUUUGAUGAGAAAUACAAGCGGCCGGGAUACGGAGCCUACGACGUCUUCAAACAGGCCGUGUCAGACCCCGCCAUUCUGGAUGGCCUAGAUUUAACAGAAGAGGAGAGGAACGUGCUGAUUGAUAACAUCAACAGGCGGCUAACGCCACAGGCGGUCAAAAUCAGAGCAGACAUUGAAGUUGCAUGCUAUGGGUAUGAGGGCAUCGAUGCCGUUAAGGAAGCUCUGAGAGCAGGACUCGGCUGCUCCACAGAGGUCAUGCCCAUCAAGAUCAACCUAAUCGCUCCCCCUCGCUACGUGAUGACCACAACUACCCUGGAGCGGACAGAGGGUCUGUCUGUCCUCAAUCAGGCCAUGGCUGCUAUCAAGGAGAAGAUAGAGGAGAAGAGAGGCGUCUUCAAUAUCCAGAUGGAGCCCAAGGUGGUGACAGACACCGAUGAGACCGAGCUGGCCCGGCAGCUGGAGAGGUUAGAAAGGGAGAAUGCCGAGGUAGACGGGGAUGACGACGCUGAAGAGAUGGAGGCCAAAACUGAGGACUGAAGAAAAAAGAAGACGUGGACGAGCCUGGGUAGAGUCAGUUUAACUUGCAGGAUGCAAGCAGUUAUUUUAUUGAUUGGUAAAAGGAUCUCCUUAACCCUACAUGAACCCACAGGUGGCUAAAGAGGUUUCACACCAGUAGUAUCUGAAUAAACAAUAGCUGCUCAAACAGUGGCCUUUACUUAC